UAUAUGAAAAAAAUAAAGAAUAUUCUGAUUUUUUUAUGAGUUUAUAACGAAUAAUUAAUAUACCUAUAUUAUUUAGAUGCAAGUACAAAAGUUGGUCGUUAUAUUACACUGCUGAUUUUACCAAUCUUGUAAAACAUUCAUCACGUCCUUUAUUCUUCUAUUUAUAUAGUUAUUAAAAAUCUAAGCAUUUAAGAAAAUGAGGCGAUUUAUGCAUUUAACUAAGGUAGUGCCGAUGUUGCUAAAUGCUCAAAAAUCAAUUGCUACUAGUUCUAAUUUGUUUCCUAAAAUAAAACAGCAACCUUUUUUUAUACCAACUCGUGGUAUGUUUAUACAAACUCAAGAUACUCCUAAUCCAAAUAGCAUAAAGUUUUUACCUGGUGUUCAGGUGUUAGAAAAAGGUCAUACAAUGGAUUUUCCUAAUGCUACAACAGCAUACUGCAGUCCUUUAGCUAAAAUCUUGUUUCGUGUUGAAGGGGUAAAAAGUGUCUUUUUUGGUUCAGAUUAUAUUACUAUAACAAAAGCAGAUGAUGAUAGUGAAUGGAUGGUUCUUAAACCUGAAAUAUAUGCUACCAUUAUGGAUUUUUUUGCUAGUGGCUUACCUAUAUUAACCGAUGUCAAACCAACUAGUGAUACUCAAAUUCAUGAAGAUGAUAAUGAAACUGUGAUGAUGAUUAAAGAAUUACUUGAUAGCAGAAUUAGACCUACUGUACAAGAAGAUGGUGGUGAUAUUCUUUUUAUAGGAUAUGAUGCAGGAAUUGUCAAGUUGAAAUUACAAGGGUCUUGUACUAGCUGUCCAAGUUCAAUAGUUACCCUGAAAAGCGGAGUUCAAAACAUGCUUCAAUUUUAUAUACCUGAGGUGAUAGCUGUUGAACAAGUUGAAGACGAAAUUGAAAUACGAACAAAAGUUGAGUUUGAAAAAUUUGAAAAGAAGUUGCAAGAAAAUGAGGAAAAAAAAGAAUAAUAAUCAAGUUAAAUCUUAGAUAUUUAUUAAUAAACAUUUUUAUAGUUUUCUACAAUCUUAAUCUAUAAAAACUACAUUUAUCAAAAUAUCUAAAGUGCAGAGUGGUCUAAUAUAUUUAUAACUAAUUAAUAAAAUGUUUGUAUUAUAUUAUAUAUAUUUUUGGUAAAA